AACAGGCGCCCUUCUCCCAGUACCAUGACAACACCAACAACGCCAACCUCAUUCCUCGACCUCCACACCCACCAACUCCUCCUCAUCCACCUGCACUUCACCAUCCACUGGCCCGCCACCACCAAGCAACCCACCACCCAACAACCCGCCACCUAUUACUCCCAAAAAUUCGACCCCGUCGCUUUCGCUGCCGACAUCCUCACCACCAGAAACCCCUCCUUCUCCCCGGACGAAAUAAACCCAAACGCCUUCCUUGAAUCCCUCGACGAGACCUGCCUCGCCCGUAUCCACGCCCUCACAAAGUACACCAUGUACCGCUUCGCUCAGCCGGUCGACUACCAAGCCGAGAGGUGGUUUGUCUGGCACGGAGCCCCGGGGCACAACAACAGCGAGGCAGCAGACUCGAGGGAUGAUGCGACUGGAAGGGUGGGGAUCCGCGGGUUGAGCGCGGCGGAGCUGGAGAUGCAGUUGAGGAUGGUCAGGUUGCGCGGGUAUCGGGAUUGGGUCAGGGUUGAGAUGCAGGUGGUGAUUGAGACUGGGAGGGAGUUGGGGAGGAGGGUAGGGUAGGCGUCUGGGAGGUUGAGGAGCGGCCCGGCAAGGGGAGGAACAUAUUGUGAGAGUUGAGGUGAGAGCAUGGGAGACAUCCGGGAUGGAGGCUUGGGAAAUGACUGGAUGGGUGCGUUUCAGGGAUAUUUUGCGUCCUGAUGGCUGGGACAGAUGUAUUGUGGGUAGCUGCUCGUGGGUCGUGGAAGGCAACUAUAACGAGUGGUUGGGGAAGGACGGGUAAGAGGAGUGAAGUACAGGACACGCAGAAGUAGGGAGAACAUUCAUAGGAAUAAUCAUGAGACUGGAG